AUGAGUUGCAAAGACUGUAGGGUUGUAAAACAUCGUAUGGGUGCCAAGAGAGCCUUUCAGUGUGAUUCGUACGGUUGGAGAGACAGUGCAAGUGGCACAAUCAGACGUGGUGAAUUGAGAACGAAUGCUAAAGGCAUUGUUGGUUAUUUGGCUCCAGGCAGCAAAAAAAUCCGAGUACACAAAAUUGUAGAGACGAGUGUGUAG